AGCGAAUUCAUCCGGACUGAGUCGAAAUGCAUCAGCCAGAAACCCACCAGAACACCCAGCAAACAACACCUGAAAUACUGGACCCAGAAGUCCAGUACAAGCGGCGGAGGAGGGCUGCCCUGUUGGUGACCGUGGCCCUGCUGGCUUUUGCUCUGCUGGUCCUGACCGUGGGACUCAUCGCUACCACCCGCACAAACGUGGAAACGGCUGGAUAUUACUCUGGCAUUGUUAUGAGUUUUGGAGCAUUUUUGGGUAUUGUUGGUAUGCAUCUGGUGGAAAACCGCAGACCCAUGCUCAUUGCAUCCAUCGUAUUCAUUAGCUUCGGAAUCAUUGCGGCGGCCUUCUGUGCCAUCAUAGACGGGAUCAUCGUCUCAAACUACAUUGACAUAAGGCCUGUGCAGCAGAAACUCUGUGGAUAUCAUCCCGGCUAUGUAGGAUACGGCUACGACAGCUUCUAUACUGAGGUGACGUGUAGAUCAGCCAGCGAGACAUGCAAGCUGAAAGUGCAAAGCCGCACCUGCUACUGCUGCUACCUGUACAACUGUGGCAAUUCAUAUGAAUACCAUUACUAUAGGUUCACCGGAGUCAACGAAUGUUGGGAUGUGGUCCACCUGUACCGUCUGAUGUGGACCUCAGUCGUACUCAACGUGUUCAUCUUGUUUUUGGGCAUCAUCACUGCUGCCCUCCUAGGGGCUUACAAGGAUCUGGAGCAGAAGCCCACUCCAGAGAUUACCUCCAGCCCACCGCCACAGCCCCACAUUCUAUACAACCCGAACCACCACAUACCCACCUACGCCAGCUUCAUCCCACCAGGACAUGCUCUGCCUGCCUACCCCCACUAUCCCAUGCCCAUGCAGCAUGACCCCAGCUUUCAGGCACCUGCUUUGCCCCCAUUAAUCCCCGAUGGAGGAUCUGUGUCCAACCCCCAGCCGUCUGAGGAGACCGCCAACCAGCAGGCCACCUCCACCCAGCCGCAGCCUCAGGGGGGCACCCAGGACCCGGUGGGCUACGUGUUGACACCCAACGCCCCCAUCCUCUAUCCCCCCUCCUCUAUGGCAAACGUGUUCGAGAAACCACCCCCUUAUGCCUGCUGAGCGAUCGGCGAAAUGUACAGGGCGUUGAAAGUAUCUCAACCUGGUCAGACUGAAUGUAGCACAAGACGUUUGACGGGUGUUUAUGGUUUCACUGAAGAGAGAUUUAUAGAUCUGUAGUGUGUUUAUACAAGGUCAGGAUGUAUUUAUGUGUAUUUCUGAAGGCUCCAGAGGGCUUUCAGACUCUUAAAUAUUACAUAGAAAAGUGUAUAGUAGUACACUUGAUCUGAUAGUUGUGUCUGUUACAAAAGGAUUACAGAUCUUGCUCUGUAUUGUAUUGGUGUCUAUACUUAUCUACUGUACAGGCAUUUUAAAGGGCUUUCAUGAAAUGUGAACUGGACAAAAACUGAUGCUAAAGUUGCCGUUACUUAGCGUUUGUGUUAAUCAUUUAAUGAGCACUUUACAGUCAAUAUAUAUCAUAUAUUAUUAAUGAUGCAUGUUAACUGCUGUGGGAUGGGAUGCUGUUGAUGCUAUGAACUGCUGUAUGUAUUUAAAAAAAAAAAAAAAAAAAACACUUAUUUUCCAAAUACAUGUGGAAUACGGGCUCCAUACAAGUCUUUCAUUAAAAGGAU